AUGGCAGCCGACUGUCAAGGUCGGUUGUCGCCAAUCUCACCAGAAAUCCUUGACGAUGAAGCUUUAGAUCCAAGAAUUCAUGGUGAAUUAGAGAGGUUGAAUAAGGCAUCUGAUGAUAUAAACAAACUGGAACUAGAGUUAGAUGAUGAAAGGGCUGCAUUUAGACAGGCACUAUCAGAUACCACACAUAAACUCAAUACUCUGGCAAAGAAGCUCGGAUCUUGUGUUGAAAAAGCAAGACCAUACUAUGACCAAAGACAUAAAGUGUUGGAGGCUCACUCAGAGGCACAGAAGGUUGCUAUACGUUUUGAACGAGCUUGUAGCAUGCAUGAAGCAGCAAAGGAGAUGGUGCAGUUAGCAGAACAAGGAUACAUGAAAGGAGAAGCUUCCACAGAUCCAGCCUGGCAGGAGAUGCUUAAUCAUGCUACUAUGAAGGUAAAUGAGGCAGAAAAGGAGAGAAAUGAGAGUGAGACAGAACAUAUGAAAACAAUGCAUAAUUUUCAAGAAUCUGAUGAAAAAUGCCAAAAGUUACAAAAAGAAUUAAAGAGGGCAAUUACUAAAUCUAGACCAUAUUUUGAGCUGAAAGCUGCAGUAAAUCAGCAAAUGGAGGAUAACAAGAGGGCAAUCAAGAUAUUGGAAGAAGACGUCCACUCUGCCAAAGUUAUGUACUCAGAAGCUUUAAGGAAUUUGGAAAAAAUAAGUGACAGCAUACAUCAGCAGAGAAUAGAAAAGCAACAACAAAUAGAACUUGGAGAAAGAGGGGCUGGGGUAGGGUCAGAAACACCCUCGCCACCCCCAGUUCGUCAGAAGGACAAAAGUUCAAUAGACGGUCAGAAUGAUGUCAGUAUUAAUACAGAAGAGUACAGUUCUAAUCGACCAUUAUCAGGGUACCAACCUAACCAGUUCUCACUGCCAUCAGUUAUUCAUGAGUCUGUAGAAAGGUCCAGGAACCAGAGCUAUAGAACUGCAAUAGAACAUAGGACCAGUAUAAAAGAACAGGAUGAAUUUCCUGUUCCAAGUUUGGAAUCAGAAUACAUGUCUCUACCAAAGACCACAGAAUAUAGUGAUAGAGAUACAAUAUCUACCUCAGUAAGAGAACAUGAUAGGACAAGAAGAAAUAAUGCUAUUCGUGGUAGUAUUUCAUCUGAAACUGGAUCUCAAGAACAGGAGAGAUCACCUUCAAGAUCACGGAAGACUAACAAAUUGAAAGGUGGACUUAUUUUACGUAUUGAUAAUACAAUGGACCCCCUAGCUCAAAUAUAUCAGACUGAGGACAUACAGCCUACACGUAGACGAGAGAAAUCCCAAAAGAGUAUACAUAGAUCUCAGGCAAAGUCAGGAUAUGUUCAAGAAAAUAGAUCUCUACCAAUAACUCCGACUCAAUCAAAUGCAUUUUCCCCACCUAGAAGUUCCCCUAGUCAUUCUAGUCUGUCAUCAGCACUUUCUCUUCCAGAGGAAGACAGAUCAGAUGCUGAAAGUAUAGCCAGUACAGGACCAAUGCUGGAUGAUGAUCAGGUUGAAUUACUUACAAUGGAGUUUUCAGAAGAAGUUUUUGCAGAGGAAGAGGCUAAAUCUAGAAGACUAGAUCGAAGUGAUUCUCAACAGCUUAAUCUACCACCUAAGUUAUCUUAUUUGGAAAAAUAUAUCCGACAAACAUCUCAUGAAAAUCUUGAUAAGUCAAAACAUGAUGAUACAGAAGAUUCAACAGAAGAUUCAACAGUCCAGAUAACAGAGAAAUUGACACGUAUUAAUUUAGAGGAAGAAAAAGUCACAACGAUAAACAAUACACUGACAGAUGAUAGUAAGGAUGAGAUAGUUAACACAGUCAAAGAUAGGAAUUCAGAUUAGUUUUGAGUAUCUGUAUAGUGGUACAUAUGUUCAUUGGUAUGUCAGAUUUAGUUGUGAUAUUAGAAUUUGUUUGUAAUUGUACAUGUUAUACAUGUUAUUUACAUGUCUGUAUUUCUGUAGGAAAAUGGAUCUGGUGCUUGCUUUUAUCUAUACCUACAUAUUUUAUUGAUAACAGGAUAUUUAAUAUACUUCCAAAAUAAUAUGAUUUUCCAUAUUUUUUCUUAUGAUGGAGAAAGAAGUUUUUCAAAAUGCUUGCCUUGCUAAAAAAUUGAUCAGUUAGUAUCCAAUUUUUUUUUAAAUUAUGAAGUAUAUCUAGGCUUUAACUUUUAAGUUAAAAUAUUGCCCUAUUUAAUCCUAUUUGACUGCUUCCAUUUUAAUGAAAAUAUUUAGUCUUUGUUUACUGGAGCUAAUCUCAAUGAUGAAUGCAAUCAUGUUGUAACCAUGGUUCUUGGUUCCUUGACAGUGCAAUCAAGAAGAUAUAUUACAACCUCAAAUUACUACGUUUGACCUUCAUCUCACAUUUAAAGUUAGGUGACAAAGAAGGCAGUCUUGUAUAGUGACAACUUACAAGUAGAAAUGGCAGUUGUAUCUAAAUUUGACUCCAAGUGUCAUAGCAAAAAGGGAUGCUGGAACAACCAAGCAAUGGGUUAAUGUUUUUAAACCCAAAGUCUUUGUUAAUUGCAUUCUGUAUACAUGAACUUGUGAACUUGCCAAAGACUUCGAAAGUGAUUUGAAAAAAGUAAUUGUUUGGUUUUUGGUCCAUUGACUGUUUGCAAUAAUUUAUCUCCAUAAUAAUAUUUGAUAAAAUACAUAAUUAAUGAUAGUAAAAGGAGUACAUGUAUGUUCAGAUAGGUUGUAUUUUAUUUUUUGUAGAAUGAAAAUAUCAGUUGUGUUGUUUUAAGAAAAUAUUUU